GGGAUCUGGGCCUCUCUUCAGCUCAGCCCCUGUCGUCCCAACGGGCCGGCCGAACCGAAACAAACACAUAAAAGAUGUGUACCAACGACUCAGGCAAUGCAUUCACCGUCCUGUCAACAACAAACACACCUUGACUACAAAUCAUCAUGUCGGAAUCAAAUACAGCAGUCGCAGAGUGCCGUGUGCUCUACGAGCAAAUAUGGCACACUCCUCAAAAAACAUUGGAGUUGGCGCGCUCGGAUUUGAUGAAACCUGCGCCAGCGUCUCUCAGUCUGGAGGAGCGAACCCGACUUACGUAUAAGAGAGCUCAGGCUUUGGCGCGUGCUCACAAUUUGACAUUACAGGAUGUCGUGGAAAUGACUCCCGCGUUCUGGAAACUCCACAUGGACAUGCUUACUGCCAUGGAUGGGAGCGCAAUCAACUUGAUCAGCGUCGGAUAUAAUCUGUUUGUUGGCACGGUUGCUCCUUUCCUCCCCACGCAUCCCGAACUAGGGCCUAUUAUACAGCAGGCGUUGAAUGUGGAUAUCUCCUCCCAAUUCAUGCUUACCGAGCUCGGGCACGGCUUGGACGCACGCAACCUAGAGACAACCGCAACGCUUCUACCAAACGGCAAGAUUGACUUACACACGCCAACUCCAAAUGCCGCCAAAUGCAUGCCACCUAACACACCCCGCAACGGCCUCCCUACCAUUGCCGUUGUAAUCGCGCGCCUUAUCGUUGAGGGAGAGGACCGCGGUGUCCGGCCAUUCCUCGUUCCCAUGUCGGAUGGUAAGAAGAUGUGCAAGGGCGUCACCUCGAAAGUAUUUCCACAACGCCCGGGUGCCAAUCCAAUCGAUCACGCCCUCACAUACUUCAACCACGUCGAGCUCCCAUUCUCGGCCCUACUCGGUACGCUGGAAAAGCCCCGCAACGAACGCGACAACUUCCUGCAAACCAUCCACCGCAUGGGCGCCGGCACCCUCUUCCUAGCAGGCAGCACGAUCCCCCUAAUCAAAAUGGCCGUGUACAACGCCAGCAAAUUCAGUUUUCGGCGCCACAUCCAGGGCCACGAUGGGAAACCCAUGCCCGUAAUUAACUUCCGAACACAGCACUUGCCUAUUUUACAUGCUAUCGCGCGAGCACAUGUCCUCCAGGCGUUCCUCAUCUACGCGGGGAGGGAAUACUGUAUUCAUCAGAAGACUGAUUCGCGCAUUAGCCAUAUCUUUGCCACGACUUUCAAGGCGGUUACGAUUCAUCAUUUCCAGACGAGUCUUAAGGCGUUGAAUGAGGGGUGUGGGUGGCAGGGGUAUUAUGAUCGGAAUCAGAUCAUUGCUGCCGAGAUGGAAUUCCGCGCAGUCGCGACUGCUGAAGGCGAUGUUCGAGUACUCGCUAUUCGCCUCGCCAGCGAACUCCUAAUCGGCCGCUACGCGCCACCCCCACCCAAAAACCCCCAAAGCCUGCUCGCCCGGCACGAAGCCGGCCUCUUCGCCGAAGCCCGCGACCUAGUCAAACGCUUCAAAAACCACCGCAGCGAACCCUUCAACCGCGCAAUCCUCCCGCUCGCCCUCCCGCUCGUCCUCGCAAUCGGCUACCGCAUGGCCAUCGAAGCAGCCAUCGACAUCGGCCUUGACCCCAAGAUCAUCGCGCUCUACGAGGCGAGCAUCUUCCGCGAAUCGUCCUGGUUCGUCGAGGUGAUUAGCCGCAAGGAGCAGCAGGCGCUGGAGGCCAAGGCGGCGGAUGAGCUGCUUCCGGAAUUGGAGAGGCUGGUUGAGGAGACAGGGGUUGAGCCGUAUUGUUAUGCGCCCAUGACGUCCGAUAAGUUGUGGGAAGGGUAUGUGAAGGAGUUGGAGACGUUUGAGGGGGAUGCGGUUUGGGAUUUCAAGGCGAGGCUCUAGCGUGUGUAUAUUUGGGAUUUUGUCUGGGGCGGUUUUCUGAGAGGUUAUAGAUGAUUUUACUAAUUUUUACAGCGGAAUCUAUUUUCGAGCGGUCCUAAGCUACCAACUAGUAAAUAUUCUUUGAACGUGACAUUGCCAUGCUCAUAGUAGUAAUCCAGAUAUGUGCUCCUGGAAUGCGGUACGGG